CAAUAAAACGCCGAUAACGAGCAAGGAAGCCUUUGCCGAAGUGGUCGUUCGUAGCCCGGGGGCUGGUGGCCAAGUAAGGAAGGACGAGAACUAUCGAUCUUUCAGUGGUGGUCGGUUUUACCCGGAAAAUAGAGCGCAGAAGAAAUCAAUACCAACCGCAACACGGCGAACGCUCUCUGUUACCUAACGCACCAUGUCACUGUCGAGCCUGUACAAGCGAGCCCUCGUGCGGUACCCGGUGCUAGUGCAAUCCGUUCAAUCCGGGCUGCUGAUGGGCGCUGGCGACGUCAUUGCACAGAGUUUCAUCGAACGAAAGGACUGGAAAUCGUUCGAUGGGAUUCGAGCUGCCAAGUUCUUUGCCAUUGGCUUCUGCGUUGGAGGUCCAGGGUUACGGAAGUGGUACGGUGUACUUGACCGGCACAUCGGCAGCAGCGGCGGUAGCAAGGCCAUCACAACUCUCAAGAAAGUGGCUCUGGAUCAGCUCAUCUUUGCACCGAUCUUUCUCGGUACGCUGAUCGGUACGAUCGGUAUGCUCCAGGGGAACAAUUUGAAGGAAAUCAAACGAAAGCUAAACCACGAGUACACCGACAUUCUGCUGACAAAUUACUAUGUCUGGCCGUGGGUGCAGCUGGCCAACUUCUAUCUGGUGCCGCUGAACUACCAGGUACUGCUCGUGCAGUCGGUCGCCGUGUUCUGGAACACGUACCUGUCGUGGAAAACCAACCAGAGUGAGCCCAUGAAAGCGACACUAGCGCUGACACACGAUCCCAUCACUCCCGGCGAUGACAAAGCUGCUACGUAGACGCAGCACAUGGGAUGCAGGUGAACCACUAAAGUGGUGAUUGUGAUAUGCAACGAUGGUUAAAGUGUGGAGUGCGGGGUGAUGUACAUAUUAUUGAUAGUAAUUUUAAAUUACUACUUCCUAUUAUUCGAUUCCUUAUAAAUUCCUCUUCCUUUGCCAUGAAAUGCCAUAAUACUUUGCGAGGAAAGUAGUGGCUGAAUGCGACAUCUAGUCGAAUAGGACUAAACACGAAAUAAUAAUCCCAAUGGCAGUUACAAAAGCAGAUGAAGUGCUCUUAGCAAUUCAACAUAAAAAAAGAAGUUUAAAUGCGCAGUGCAGCAAAUGGCAGUCUAGUAUCAAUCCGCUUCCGGAAGCAUUAAAUAAUGUCCUCCUCUCGCCUUGACCAGCGCCCCUUUCCCCCUUGAUCGUUAAUGGAAGUCAGUUAAUAAACACGAAACUGAUUUCUACAACACA